AUGCAGACGCUGGAAGAAGACUGGGCUGGAGUGACGAGCACGGCUGAAAGAAGAAAGUUGCAGAACCGUCUCAAUCAACGGGCGCGGAGGAGGCAGCGGCUGGAGGAGUCAAGUGAGGCUCUGGUCGUGGCGCCAGCCGUAGCGCUCAGGGAAUCCCUGCAUGUACCCUCCAACCCGGAAGCCGGAAAAGACGUGGAUGGGAGGCUGCAAAGAGUUCUCUGGGUGACACAGCAGGCGCAGGCCGAAUACUUGGCACGACAUAGACGUCCUGAGAGGCUCUUGAGCGUCAUGCAGAUCAACAUCUUCCACGCCCUGCACCGGAACUCGGAGGCCCUAGGCCAAUCCACUCUUUGGCUCUUUUGCGACUCAAUUUCCCCAUUCGGUAAGACAGACCCGGAGAAUACUUCAACUCCUUCAAAUACCAUCUUGGCGGCUGGAAUGGCGGCACAAUAUCCUCGUAGCCUCACCCCGACGAUGCUCCAGCUAUCGACGCCGCAUCAUCCUUGGAUCGACUUAUUACCCUGGCCAAAGCUACGGGACAGAAUCAUCUACCUCUGUUACAUCACUGAGGAAAUGGACGACGACGAUCUGUGCUUGGAUAUGGCCGAGUUUGAUGCCCCUCGAGACAGGGAAAGCGUAUCUUUAAUUGUCUGGGGUGAACCAUGGGAUUCCCGUGGAUGGGAGGUAACGGUGCCAUUCCUGAGGAAAUGGGGAUGGCUUUUGGAGGGAUGCACCGACUUAUUAGAAGGGACCAACUACUGGCGGACGAGGAGGGGGGAACGAAAGCUGAAAUUUUAA